AUGAAUCUGACUUUACGGGAAGUUAUACAAACUUCUCCGGAAGGAGAUAGGUUUUGGCGAUUACCCGAAUGUUAUAUCAGAGGAAACACGAUCAAAUAUUUACGUGUACCAGAUGAGAUUAUAGAGAUGGUAAAAGAAGAUGCCAUACGUCAAAGGCAAGCGGCAAGCGGUGGAAAUCGAGGGCGUAAGUAA